CUGGAGCCAGCCAAUUCUGGCCAUGAACACCAAUUGGGUAAAUUCUCUUGCGAUGUUCUUGAGCUGGAAGGAGCAAUCGAGAGGCUGCAAGAACCAGAUCUCUGUUCAUUGUCCAAUCUUGAAGAUGCUAUCAAAUGGACCGUACUUGAAAUUUACAAGUUCUGGGGACCCUCUGUCUUUGUUCAGAUUUUGAUUUUUACGGAUGGUGGUGCCUCAAUCUUCAACUCCACUUCAACCACGAUGGGCAAAACACCCCAUUGUUCUGCUACUUGGUCUAAUGUGUCCCUCAUUUUCGUCAGCAUGAGUGAUGACCAGUUAUCUUCAGAGCUACUCGAGGUUCACCAACGGUUCCUACCGAAUUCAAAGAUCAUCUGCCUGGGCGAUCACAUACAAGGAGGGCAGUCUUUGGACGACUUAUCCGGCGUUUGCGCGGACGCUGUCAUCCGAGCAUGCACCACUACCAUCGGUUAUUUGUCGUCGAACACCGAGUCUGAGGUGACCAUCCGAUGUGGACAUCUGUUCGGUCCGGUCACUCUCUCCCCGGCACUACACAUUAGCUGUUCUGAAUCCGUUCAGCCUCCUUUCUCUGUGGAGACUUUUGGCUUUUUGCAUAUCAGUGAUCUGAACAACCCACCGGUGUACAGUAGACACAGCGUGAAUUGUUCUUCAAGUGAAGACACUGGGGAUUUUCUCUCUUUGCUUCUGGUUUCCAUGCAAGAGACAAAGACUGUCGGUAUGUGCAGCAUCUUUGUGGAGGAGAAACCAUCAAGCUUGAAGUCGAAAUCCAUCAAACGAGUGUGGCGUUAUGGUUUCUUGCAUCAAUUCGAUGCCAAGUCGCCAUAUUUGAUGCUGUCUAUAUUCGAUAAAGAGUGUUCCGGCUUACCAUGGCUCGGUCAGUUUGAGCAUUUGGCUCCAGUAGAAGACUUCGCUGGUAUUCAGUUGUAUGAUGAUCGAGAAGGCAGCUCUCCGUUUCCCGUUCUUGUUCCUGACCGACUGAGCUACGGCGCAUUCUCCGAUUCCGCCACUUCCGGUCGUUUACCCGCUGGAGCCACUGAACCCUUCCGAUAUGUCUCGUGGGUGUCCUCGCCUUCCAUGCAGACAGACGUGAACAAAGUGCUACGUUUAGGGCGCAGGCUGCCCGAAAAAUCCCAUUUGUUCUUCAAAGAAUUGUCCAGAAUAUGCUCCGUCUCUUUGGCUUACGGUUGUCCUGACCUUUUGGGGCACAUUGCUCGGCUCACAGAAGCUGCACACGCGCUUGAGUUACAAUCGAACGGUCCAAACGCUCAAGCUAUUCAAGCACAUUUGGCUACCAUGCGGCGCAUUUUGACGGAGUCUCUUCCGAUUGACAGUUCUUGACAUGUUUGUACAGCUUUUUUGUUAUACUCUAAACUAUUCUUUCUCCAGCCCAUGGAGCUCGCUUCUUGCCAUCUCGGCCACAGCAUCGAGACAUCGCUUCUCUUUGUAUCAACGGUCAGGAACCGAAAGUUCCAGCAAUAUAUCGCUAGUAGACAUCGAUUGUCUACUAGUAUACAACCGUAAGCUGUCUGGGACACUGCAGUGGCAACCGAAACCCUUGCACGAGCGGGAACUUCGAACCGUAGAUGUCAUAGACGGCUGAACUGCUCUCCAACCAAUCCCCUUGUUUUUACUUUAGAAUUGUAUUAGUGCUAACCUCUCGCUGUUCUUUAAGCUCUACCACUUACGACACAAGUUCUCCAAUUUACUCUGGGGAUUUACUUGGUUUCUUGUUGCGAUAUCUGUAUUACCCGCCAACUCUAACGGUGUCAUUCUCCGGUG